AUGUGGAGGAAGACGGUCAACUUCACCAUCAUCUCCUUCUAUGUCCUCAUGACUUUCGUUCAGCUCGACAUCUCAUUCACCGCGUGGGGGAAAUAUCAAGAGGAGCUAGGCUUCUCCGUCGGCGUCCUGAACGCCGGUACAGCCUUCAACUACUCUGGCUUGGCCGUCGGUUGUUUCGUCUUCGUUCCGCUUGUGCACAAGUAUGGACGCCGCCCGUUUUAUAUUCUCAGCACCGCGAUUCAAGUCGCCGCCAGCAUCUGGGCUGCCAGGACGCAAAACAGGGUAGAUCUUUGGGUCAGCAACUUGCUUGCCGGGCUCGGGGGCUCCAUAAGUGAAUCCAUUGUGCAGAUCACCAUUGCGGACCUCUUCUUCGUUCACCACCACGCUGCCAUGAACGGCUGCUAUCUGUUUGUUGUCGCCAGCGGGGCUUUCCUCGGUCCAGUGGCCGCAGGGUACGUGGUUCAGAAUCAGGGUUGGAGAUGGAUGUGGUGGUGGUGUACGAUUCUACUUGGCACGGGCUUGGUCGUCAUCCUCCUCUUCUUCGAGGAGUCCAAGUACCUGCCCGCCAUAGAGGGGCAUUGUCAGCCAUCGCUCCCUGCAACCCUUCACGGAGAGCCCGGUCAGAAUCAACCAGAGAUUGCGCCGCAUGAAGUCAUACCCGCGUCUCCGCAAAAGGACAAGGGUAGGCCAGUGGAACGGACAAAAUCAAAUGUCGUCCUGGAUGCCGCCAUCCCCAUGAUGCCUCUCCGCGAACGCCUGGCGCUCUUUACCAGAUCGGAGGGCUCGGCCUAUGGCAAUGCAUGGCAGCCGUUUAGGCUCUUGUUCACUUUUCCGGCUAUAACCUAUACAGCUGUCACGUAUGCUACAACCCUUGCCGAGUUUGCCAUUGUAACGUCUGUCCAGGCAGUGUAUCUGCUGGAGCCGCCGUACAACUUCACUUCCUCCGGCAUCGGUCUUAUGAGCCUCGCGCCGUUUAUAGGAACGUUUCCCGGCAUUUUCGUUGGCGGAUAUCUGAAUGACAGAUCCAUCUUAUGGCUGUCCAAGAGGAAUGGUGGAAUUUACGAGCCAGAGAUGCGGCUGUGGCUGGCGCUGCCCUCGGCCCUCCUAACGCCUUGCAGUGUCCUCAUGGUUGGGUUGGGUAUAGCAUAUGGAACUCCCUGGCCACUGAUCGCCGUGGGCUUUGGCAUCUUGGGCUUCAACUUGGGAGUCACAGGAAGCAUUGCACUGUCUUAUGCUAUGGACUGUUAUCACCACAUCAUCGGCAACGCCAUGGUUGGCAUCGUUUUUUCUCGCAACGUGCUUUCUGUGGUUGUGCUGUUCACGCUCACACCCUGGAUCGCCGGGAUGGGCUUGAGAAACAUGCAUAUUCUGGUGGCCGUUAUUUCCUCUGUGGUUUUGCUGAUUCCUGCUUUGUUGCUCGUUUGGGGCAAGAAGUCGAGAAUUGCCUUGGCAAAUACGUACACGGUCAUGGCGCAGAAACAGCCUACUUGUCGCGAUUUUUGA